AUGGCACCCUCAAAACUCACCCACAUCUCCGACCUAACCCCACCCUCCCUCGAACGAACCUGGCUCACAACCCCCCCACCCGACCCUCCCCAUCUCCGAAUCUACUCCCUAACAAACUUCACCCUCCUCUCAACAAUAACCGGCGGCCACAAACGCAGCGUCCGAACCGCUGCCUGGAAACCCCACAUCACCGGCGAAAGCGUCCUAGCAACCGGCUCCUUCGACGCAACAGUCGGAAUCUGGCGCCGCUGGGACUCCUACGGCACCACUGACACCACCCCCACCACCACCAACACCACCACCACCGACGCCUCCGAAGAUGAUCACGGUGACGACUCCGACGAAGAAUGGCGCUUCGCCGUCCUCCUCGACGGCCACGACUCAGAAGUAAAAUCCAUCUCCUGGAGCCCAUCAGGCCUCCUCCUCGCAACCUGCGCACGGGACAAAUCAAUCUGGAUCUGGGAAGACCUCGACGACGGCGACAACAAUUUCGAAACAGUCGCCGUAAUGCAAGAACACGGCGGCGACGUCAAAUGCGUCUCAUGGCAUCCUGUCGAGGAAUGUCUCGCCUCCGCGGGGUACGACGAUACUAUUCGGGUUUGGAGGGAGGAUCUCGAUGAUUGGGGUCAGGUUGCUUGUAUUAAAGGGCAUAGUGGCACUGUUUGGUUCUUGGAUUGGGAGGGCGUUGAUACUUGUCCUACCACUUCGUCCUCGACAGCAGCUCCGCAGGAGCUGUCAAGCCAGUGGCGUUCGCAGCGAAGUCUCUCCGGACCGAGACUCGUUUCCUGCUCGGACGAUCGUACAGCGCGCAUUUGGCGCCGCGUGCCGAAGGAAAGUGCCAACUCGGCGCUGUCAUCCGCGCAGACGGGGAUUCCGAGUAUUAUUCGGCCUAGCGGGACGGAUGAGGAGUGGGUGGAGGAUAGUUGUCUUCCGCAUGCGCAUGAACUGGCUAUCUACGCUGUUGCUUGGAGUCGGCGGACGGGGAUUGUUGCGUCUGUUGGUGCUGAUGGGCGGAUUGUGCUUUAUGAAGAGCGGUUUAUUGCGCAGGAGGGUGGAACUGUAAAUUCUGCCGACGCUGACGCUGAUGCCGAGGCUAUGGAUACGAGUGAUGAUGCUACGCCGGCCCUGUUGCGGACGGAGUGGUCGAUUGUUGCGGUUGUGGAUGGAGCGCAUGGGAUUUAUGAGAUCAAUCAUGCGGCUUGGGCUAAGAGGGCGGAUCGGGGUUCGGGGGGUGAGGAGGAGGAGGUGCUUGUCACGACGGCGGAUGAUGGGAGUGUUAAGGUUUGGGGGUUUCAGCGGUGA